UUCAUUUUUUCUCUACUGUCCAAAGGAAUCACAAAGAUGAAGUUCAAAAAACCCACUCUCCUAGCCCUCAUUCACAUUAGCUCACUGCUGCUUCUCUCAGCAGACUCAACUCGGCCUCCAUUUUCCUGUGACUCAUCUCACCCACCGACCAAAUCUUACCCAUUCUGCAACAGUAGUCUCUCCAUCAACCAAAGAGUCCAAGAUUUAAUCUCCAGGCUCACACUAGAUGAGAAGAUAUCCCAGCUCGUUAAUUCAGCUCCAGCCAUUCCAAGACUCGGCAUCCCCGAGUAUGAAUGGUGGUCUGAAGCCUUACAUGGCAUUGCCUAUUUCUCCACUGUACACACGGGUAUGCGUUUCAACGGAACAAUUCAAUCUGCCACCAGUUUUCCUCAGGUCAUUCUCACCGCUGCUUCCUUCGAUGUUCAUCUUUGGUACCGCAUUGGUCAGGCAGUUGGAAAGGAGGCUAGAGCAAUAUACAAUGCCGGACAAGCAACAGGGAUGACGUUUUGGGCACCAAAUAUUAAUAUAUUCAGGGACCCUAGGUGGGGAAGAGGGCAAGAAACACCAGGCGAGGAUCCUGUUGUUACGGGGAAAUAUGCAGUCUCAUUCGUGAGAGGGAUACAAGGGGACACUUUUGAAGGAGGGAAACUUGGCGAACAUCUUCAAGCUUCAGCUUGUUGUAAGCAUUUCACAGCUUAUGAUUUGGAUAACUGGAAAGGAGUCAACCGAUUUGUCUUCAAUGCAAAGGUUAGUCAACAGGAUUUAACAGAUACAUAUAUGCCUCCAUUCCGGAGUUGCAUACAGGAAGGGAAAGCCAGUGGCAUAAUGUGUGCUUAUAAUCGUGUUAAUGGAGUCCCCAAUUGUGCAGACUACAAUCUCUUGUCGAAAACAGCAAGACAGUGGGGUUUCAACGGGUAUAUAACAUCAGAUUGUGAUGCUGUCUCCAUCAUUCAUGAGGAACAAGGAUAUGCCAAGUUACCAGAGGAUGCUGUAGCUGAUGUUCUUAAAGCUGGAAUGGAUGUCAACUGUGGCAACUAUUUGAAGAACUACACCAAAUCAGCUGUCUAUAAGAGAAAAUUGCCUAUAUCUGAAAUAGAUAGAGCCCUUCACAACCUUUUCUCUGUUAGAAUGAGAUUGGGGUUUUUCAAUGGCAAUCCAGUUAACCAGCCUUUUGGCCACAUUAGUUCAGACCAAGUAUGUUCCCAAGAGCAUCAGAAUCUUGCUCUUGAGGCUGCUCGCAACGGCAUUGUCCUUCUAAAGAACAGCAACAAACUCCUCCCGUUUUCCAAAGCGAAAACUGCUUCCCUUGCAGUAAUAGGCCCUAAUGCCAAUUCUACAAGAACACUACUUGGCAACUAUGCAGGCCCUCCUUGCAAAACCGUUACACCUCUGCAAGGCUUGCAAAACUAUGUUAAGGAUAUCGGGUAUCACCCAGGUUGUAAUGCAGUUAACUGCUCUUAUCCUUUGACUGAUCAAGCUGUGAAAGUAGCAAAAGGAGCAGAAUAUGUGGUGCUGGUGAUGGGAUUGGAUCAAACCCAAGAGAGGGAAGAACUUGAUCGUGUAGACUUGGCUCUUUCGCCAAAGCAGCAGAAGUUGAUCUCCACUGUCACGAGAGCAGCUAAGAAUCCGGUUGUUUUGGUGCUUCUUUCUGGAGGUCCAGUAGACAUAACCUUUGCCAAAUAUGAUAAACACAUCGGAAGUAUUCUAUGGGCUGGUUAUCCCGGUGAAGCUGGAGGCCAGGCAUUAGCAGAAAUCAUAUUCGGUGAUCAUAAUCCAGGAGGGAGGUUACCUGUAACUUGGUAUCCACAGAGUUUUGUCAAAGUACCGAUGACAGACAUGAGAAUGCGUCCUGAUCCAUCUUCAAGGUAUCCUGGACGUACUUACAGAUUUUACCAAGGACCAAAGGUUUUUGAAUUUGGUUAUGGUCUCAGCUACUCAAACUAUUCUUAUGAAUUUCUUCCUGUGGCACAAAACAAGGUCUACUUAAACAAUCAGUUGAAGUCUCCAAAGGUUGAGCUUGAGAACUCAAAUGCUUUCAAAUACAUACCAGUUUCAGAGCUACGAACAGAACUUUGUGAUAAGAGAAUCCCAGUCACAGUUAGAGCUCAAAACCAUGGGGAUUUGGCGGGUAAGCAUCCCCUUUUGCUAUUUGUCAGGCGAGAAAAAAUCAGUAAUGGAAGGCCAGAGAAACAACUGAUUGGAUUCCAGAGCGUUAUUCUGAAUGCUGGGGAAAGAGCUGAUGUUGAAUUUGAGUUGAGCCCUUGUGAGCAUCUUAGCACAUCCAAUGAAGAGGGUUUGAUGGUUAUUGAAGAAGGGUCUCAUUUCUUAAGCAUCGGAGAGAAAGAAUCAGAGAUCACAGUCGUCAUAUGAUACAAAGGACUAGAUCCUCAAAACAGAGGAAAUUUUACAGAUUGAACCACUGUUGUCUAUCUAUAAUCCUGCUAUCCAAUAAAAAAGCCUUGUCUCCUUUGAAAACCAUUCCCUAGCAAAUUAUGAGCAAUGAUUUUGUAUUUCCUACAAUGCUAUUUCUUCAUCUACAAAAAUAAGAACA